CCUUUCAAGCCACACGCGCGGUGGAAAUUUAAGAAAAUGUUCGUACAUUGACGUGUAUUUCUGUGUAUUUCUCUAUAUUGUUGUGGAUUUCUGUGUAUUGCUGUGUAAUAAUGUCGCCUAGGUACGGCUCCACGAAUUGUGACACGAUAAAAAAGGAGGAAAUCGAGGAAAUUGAUGUAAGUGUACCGUUCAAGCAGCGGCGAUGGUGGUGGGUGAGCCAGCGGCUGGUGUACGGCCUGGGGCACGUGUACAACGACCUGUGCGCCGCGAUGUGGUUCUCCUACAUGAUGCUGUUCCUGCAGGCGGUGCUGCAGAUGCGGGCGGUGGUGGCCGGCGCCAUGCUGCUGUUGGGUCAAGUAGUAGAUGCUCUCGCCACACCGAUAGUCGGUGUACUAGCAGAUAAAUAUAGCACCAAGAAAUUCUGGCAUUUAACAGGUUGUGCUAUAGUGACCUGCACGUUUCCCCUCCUCUUCAUCCGCUGCUGGGGCUGCCGGGCGGCGCGGGAGACGCAGUACCUGGGUUGGUGGAUGCCGGUCUACUACGCUACACUCAUAGUCCUCUUCCAGAUCGGAUGGGCGAUAGUCCAGAUAUCGCACCUCGCCAUCAUACCCUCCAUCACUGAGAGCCUGCAAGUACGCUCCGAGCUCACGUCUAUAAGGUAUAUGGCUUCAGUGAUAUCGAGUCUGACGGUGUACUUCAUCACGUGGAUAGUAUUGAGAGCGACGAACUAUAGUAACUUCAUAGGACCUGCCGAUGACUACAAGUUUAGGGAUGUGUCGCUCAUAAUAUCGGGCAUCGGAGUAGCGUCCUACGUGAUAUUCCACGUGCUCUUCAAACUGAACCCCCCGAAGGAGACGAAGCAGAAGAAACAAAACGGACACACGGCCGAGAAAGGAGACAAUAUAUCACAAAUUGUGACUACAAAAUCAAAAAUUAUGCACUUCUUACAGAUGCCGCUGUUGUAUCAAACUAGUUUAUUGUAUGUAUUCUCUAGGCUGUACUGGGCCUUAAGUCUGGUGUAUGUUCCCCUCUUCCUAGAAGAGCGUCUGUCGGUGAACCCCACGGAAGGCUCAGAGCUGGUCGCCAGUGUGCCCCUAGCUUUGUACGUCUCAUCGUUGCUCUGCUCAUUCCUUCUAAAAAGCAAAAUCAAUAGGCUUGGACAUCAUGUAGCGUAUUUUAUUGGAAGCACCCUCAGUCUAGUGAGCUGCCUUUGGAUUGCGCUUGCAAUAAGCCCCGACGCCAACGUUAUUCAGAUAUAUUUAGUGGCUACGUUAAUAGGUGCCGGUAGUUCCAUUACUCUGGUAUCAAGUUUGUGCGUGACGGCAGACCUUAUAGGGCCACAUUCCCAUCAAGGCGCCCUUAUAUAUUCCAUCGUUACUUUCGCUGACAAACUAGUCACGGGAAUCGCAGUAGUUGCUAUAGAAAAUUAUAAAUGUGAAGAUGCCUUAGACUGUCCACAGUACUAUAGAGGUGUACUGACCUACGCCUGCGGUGGUAGUGCCAUUUUAGGGAUACUAUCUCUCUCCAUUACUAUUCUAACAUCGAAAUCGAAAUCGUAACUACCAUAAAAUAUAUAGUAAUAGUUUUAUAAAUAAAUAUAAAAUAUG